AUGUCAGGACCCAAAGCCUCGUCGUCAACUUCGGGCUUCUUCCAGGCCUUGCCAGUGGUGCCAGCCCAAUACACUUCUUCUCAAGCCACCCGUGCGAAUCAUGGUCUCUCAGACGAUCCAAUAUUUUCACGUAUCCUUUCAAUUUACCUUCCUGAACCACUGCCAGCUCACGUCAGCUCUCAGCUACACAAUUUCUCUAGACUAGUACUCGCACCUUCCACCCUGCAACAUACAGUCGACUGUGACAUAGAUCUCCCAACUUUACACCCGCUGACUACCUUCGGUGAGGAGAACAAAGUUUCUGCACUUCGGACUAGCGAAGGAUGGCGUGUUCUGAAACGAAUCGAGACCGAGGCUGGCGUUGUAGGGUACGGCUACCCUCAGUCGGGGGUUCAGCAGAAAUUCAACCGAAGGGCGCAUCAGUUUGCAACAUUACACUUAUGGCAUGGUACUGCCGCUGUGACGACAUGUCCCAUGGCUAUGACCGAUGGAGCAGCUGUCCUCCUUCGACGCCACCUUGAUGAUCCCGAUGGGGAUCAGCCAGGCCGAGGGCGAGUUUUCCUCGAGGCUUAUCGCCGCCUUGUAUCUUUAGAUCCAAGCUACGCCUGGACGAGUGGCCAGUGGAUGACUGAGAGAAGUGGAGGCAGCGAUGUUCGUGGCACGGAAACAGUUGCCCGACGACUCACAGAGUCGGAACUCCAAGCGGGUGUCAAAGCUGAACGAGAUCAAGACGCCAUCGGUCUUCCUCUGGGGCCGUGGCUUGUUGAUGGCUUCAAGUGGUUUUCCUCAGCUACAGAUGCUGAUAUGGCGGUUCUACUUGCGCAAACAAGCAAAGGACUGAGUGCCUUUUGCGCUCCACUCCGUCGACGAACUGGAAAUUCCACGUCCACACAAGCAACGGAGAUGAACGGUGUGCGCAUCCAACGCCUCAAAAGCAAACUCGGCACCAAAGGCGUGCCGACAGCAGAGCUAGAGCUCAGGUCAAUGCGAGCCUGGCUCAUCGGCAGUGAGGGGCAAGGCGUGAAAGAGAUCAGCUCGAUCCUCAACAUCACACGGCUCCACACUGCCGCCGGCGCGAAUGGGACCUUAGCUCGCGGUCUCGCCGUGAGUCGCGCAUACACCAAAGUCCGCAAAGUGCGCGGGCAAGUGCUGUCCGACAACCCACAGCACCUUGCGUGGAUGGCUAGCGAGACGGUGAAAUAUCGCGCCAACGCACACUUGGUGGCUCUGAACGUGGCGCUCCUCGGAGCCAGCGAGCAGGGCCGUGAGGCCGUUGCCGACACGAAGGCGGCGUCGGUCUUGAUUCCAGAGGAUAAAGCCCAGAUCGACAUGCUCCUCCGGCUGCUCACACCGGUGAUGAAAGCACAGGUGUCACUCAACUCGGUCUCGGGAUUGCGCGCAUGCAUGGAGUCCCUGGGCGGGGUCGGGUACUGCGAGAACAACGAGGACGGCGGGGUGAUGAAUAUCGCACGCCUGUUCCGCGACUGUGUCGUGAACACCAUCUGGGAAGGCACCACCAGCGUCAUGGCCGAGGACGUCUUGAGGGUUCUCCUGCCAAAGACCAAAACCAAUGCCAACUCCACCAUCAAAACCAGCACAGCUAGCAACACUAAGCCCCAAGCGCCCAUCCCCACCACCUUGGAUAGCAUCCUGGGGACAUGGAUGCGGCACGUGCUCACGCACGUAGCGAAGCACGCCGUUCCAACACGGACAUUCAGCGCCGAGAUCGAGAUGAUCGAGACGCGGUAUCGGGCGCUGAACGAGCUGAUCCGCGACACGGACGACGCAGGCGAGCUGCAUUGGCGCGGAAGAGAAGUGCUCGAGGCCGUCGAGGCCAUCGCAAGUGCAUGCCUGCUGCUCUUUGACGCCAGCGUCGUCGACCAUGAUGACGCCGUAUUCGCCGUCGCGCGACGCUGGGUCAAGGGAUAUGUCGCCCUGCCUAGAGAUAGGCUCUACAAGGACAGAGAUUUCGAUUGGAACGUCGAGGUCGCGCUUGAUCGGCUGAUCUUCCUUGGUCCCCAGCCUGAUGCGCUUGGAGGACGAAUUGAGCCAAGUGUGAAUCCGAGUCAGAGUGCGUCCUCCCAGGCCCAGGGAGCCGCUCUGCAGGCAAAAUUGUAG